GUCAAGCGAGGCUGGUCCGUGUGGCAAUUGGUUCAAGAUUAAGUUUUCUGCAAAUCGGUGGAAGCCCAACCAGGAAGAGCAACACACACACACACACACACACACACACACACACACACACACAAACACACACACAUCUCGCAGGCAGCGCCACCGACCGUCCUCUCUCCACUCCUCCCCAGCUCUCCCAGUUACGGAGCUCUGCCAUCGCACCAGUCCGGCGGCUUCCUCCCCCUCCACCUCCACCGAGCGGAUUUGUUCGACGGUUCCCGGCUGGCAGGGGGAAGCGUGUCGGCGAGCCGCCCUGUGGAGAAGCAUGUGAUGACUCACGCAAGGCAGAAGGGUUCCCUGAGGCAGAGCGACAGUAGUGCUGAGUGGUGGGACAACGCCCCUCUUUGGCCACAUGGUGGCACUAUGGGCGACGCCUGGCCUGAGCGCUCACUGCGAUUCGGGAGGACAAAGAAGAUAAGUGAGAUCAUCAAACAAAGGAAAGACAUGGCCAAGAGGGUGAAAGACAAAAGAGGGAGGACGGAAAAAUCAGAUCAGCACAGAAAACUCGACCGGAGGCGUGACAAGAAACGGGACAGGAAGUUGUAUCCUUUGCGCGGGAGGGCUGGAGGUUCAGAUGGGGAGGGGCUCAGCUGUCACGUCCUGCUCACCCGUUUGGAGGAAAGCAUCCGUGAUCAAGAAAGGUCUGAAGAAAGGGUACGAAAGGACGCACGCAGACAUUUAACUCUCAAACCCAAACCCAGAAAAGGGAAAAGCAGUGAAAGAAAAGAGGUGAAGUCGUUACCAAAAACCAAAUCAAAGUCAAACAGCCCAAGUCGUGGCGAGUGUAUUCAUGUCCCACAACCACGCAAGCGCAGACUGGCCUCUCUCAAUGCCGAGGCGGUGAACACUCUGCUGCUUGAAAGAGCUACUGACCCUCAGGCGGCAGCUAAACAGGCCAGGAGACAGGAAGAGCCCACGAAUGGAGGGAUAUCUCUGGAUACAAAUCCAACCAGGAGUGGCAUCCCUGGAGGUCUAAAGGCUUCACGAGGAAACAUCACCAGAGCCUCCAUGUCUCACAAACUUGAACUGUGCCAAAGCUCUAAGCAGGUCAAGAAGGCCAAAGCCAGCCGAGCAGAGAGCGGGGGUAUGAGUCAUGAGAGUCUGGACGCCCCCGCCCCCAGAAGACUGGCUGGACUCAACGCUGCAGCCCUGCUGAAAUUAACCAGCUCCUCUGCGACCAGUAAGCAGAGAGUAAAAGCUGCACCCACAGCUACUGUCACGUCAGACUGCAAGGCUCCUGCCUCAACCCCAAAACAGCACUCCAGAGUCAAACUCAGAGACAAGGGGCACUCACAGAAGCAGAAGAAAAAGACCCCUCCCCUGCACAGUGGCUGCACAGCCUGCAGAAAGAAGGCGGACUUUGAGGCCAAAGUGGAGUGGGAGACCGGCAGCUGCACCCAUCGACUGACCAAACCAGGCUACCAGUCGCGCAGCAUGCUAGCAUACCCACUAAAGCAAGUGAAGGAGGAGCAGCUGGAGACCGAACUGAGCCCAUACUACUGCUGUCCCCCAGAGGGCUCAGUGGAAUACUGCCACCGCUUGGCCUUCUUCCUGGGCCAGCAGCCCUACGCAGAAUCAGACGAUCAGCCACUCAACUCAGCCAUGACCCCUGUGAAGCGCGAGUGCCUCGUAACCUCACCCUCCCUGACGCAUUCCCACCCGCACACAGCCCUGACCCUCGGCCCCCACCCUUGCCUCUGCACCGCCGACCACUGCUUCUCCAGCUACUACGUUCACAUCGCCCACCCAACACACACUGGAACAACGUCAGCAGGCCUGGCCUCGCGGCCUCUGAACUUUGCAGCCCCCAGUUUAUGCCCUAAUCGGAUGACUGGCUCCAAGCUGCUGGAUCCGCGGGUGUCUCACAGCUCAGGGCUGGCCCACCCCGCCUACUGCAACUCGGUGGCUUCACCCUGUUACGGUGACGCCUGCGGGAUCGGUGGCUACACCUAUAGAGCGAUGCCUCCUGUCACCAGCAGGGGUUGUUCUUACAGCACAGGAUGCACUGGAUGCACACACAGCAUCAAAACAGAGGGCUACUCCUCCCCUCAGGGUGACCACAGCCCAUCCCUCCUGGUUCCCCCAUCCCUACCCAUCUCCAGUUGCCCUCUAUCCAGCGUGCCCACGUCCACCCAGACCAAACCCCACCUGCUGACCCCCCUGUCGGGGCGAGACCAGCCCCAGGCCAGGUUAAAGCUGGCCACAGAAUGCCCGCAGAGCAACGAGCCCUCCAACGGCUCCCUGUCCAUGGGCCGCACACGGCUGCCCCAGAAACAGUCGUCAGCCCUGCCAAGCCUCAGCGGCACCAAACAGAAGAGAGUGACUCGCAGACGUGCCACCAACGGCUGGCGGCCUGUUGGAAUGCCCACGGAGAGGGAGGUCUUCAUUGCGGGAGAGGAUGAGACGGCCCUGCGGCAGUGUUAUGAAGGAGUGGAGAGGGACGGUGAAGUGAUACACGUCAGAGACACUGUGCUGCUACGAUCAGGCCCCAGGAAGAAAUCCCUCCCAUAUGUUGCUAAGAUAUCAGCGCUGUGGGAGGACCCCAAAACAGGAGAGCUGAUGAUGAGUCUUUUCUGGUACUACCGACCUGAGCACACACAGGGAGGCCGAGAUCCCAGCACACACUGUGAGAAUGAGAUUUUCGCCUCUCGGCAUCAGGAUGAAAAUAGUGUGGCCUGCAUAGAAGACAGAUGCUACGUUCUCCCACUAGCCCAGUACUGUAGAUUUUGUGCCUUGGUGAAGCGGCGUGCCGAAGGUGCCCCACCUGGCAGCGCCAGCAUGGUGCCCUGCCGCCCCGACUUCGCCCCCCCUUCCCACCGCUGUGUGCCCACAGACGUCGACCCCGAGCUGGUGUAUCUCUGCCGGCACGUCUACGACUUCCGUUACGGACGCAUCCUGAAGAACCUGCAGUAGAGGGUAGAAGGGGUGUGGCUCCCGUGAAUUAAUCAUAACAUAGCUCCCCCUCCUGGACAGGGCGGGGGCUGCUGAAGGACUGAACACCCCUGUCUUUUCUGCUGGGGACGCUCACGAUAAGAGGGAAGGGGGAUGAUGGGCUGGUUUCGAGGAGGGACAGAUGAAGCAAAAAGUGACACAUUAUGAAGCACAGAUCCCUUUAGUUGACUACAGAGGGGUCACAAUGCGACAGAUGAAUCCACGUCAGUCAGAGCACCAAUAUUUCCUGGUUUGGAAGAGUGAGGACGGGAGCAUUCAUUCAUCAGCUUGGAUUUUUCAGCUUCGACAACAGUGUGAGGUGACACGGAGGCUUGUGUGUGUCCCCCCUCCCCUCGCCUGCCAGGAAUGCUGAACACCAGGCUGAACUGGGCUACUGUCAGGACCGUGUUUCCCCCAGAGCAUCUUAGCACAACAAUCAUGUUUGUUCCAUUUGUAAGCCAAUGGCUCAGGAAUGGUCCGGUGCUAAGGUGCUUCCGGGGGAACACAAGCCUGCGCUGUCAGCUCGAUGUUAACGGUGUUCAACCAGCCGGGGUGAAGGAGCAGCUAAUGGAGAGUGUCGUCUUAUUUCUCCUGAUUUGAGUUUGUCUCAGUCGUGUGUGUGUUUUGUGCGCGUGAAAGCGAGAGUGGGAGAGCGAGUGUUGUCAGUGUGGUUAAAUGGAUAAAUGUGUGAUGGUUUUUUAGGAGGCUUUCAGGCAAUCAAACCAAACAAGCAGCUUUAGAGGAAGCGGUGCUCCCUUUGCCCAUCCUCUCUCCUGUGUGCCACAGCACACUGACACUGACAGAAACAUUUUCAUCUCGAGUGAUGCUCUGCGCAAACUAAAAUACUGUACCUGAAGGGGGUCUGUGAGACAGACCUCCCCUCACCAAACUUGACUCUAGAGCAGGGCUUCUGUUACUUUGGGUCAGGACGCUAAAAAUAAAAUUGAUUCUAUUAGUAAAAACGCACAUUAGACAAAAGCCCCACUGUAUUUUCAAACUUUCAUCUCAGCCACAGUCCUGGCUGGAAGAUGCCCAGCUCUAGAGAGGCUCUUCUAACGGUCCAACAGAGAAAGCUGUUACUGAGGAGCCCUGUGAAGGUUAUUAAGACGAGGGCCAUCGUUUGUCAUUUUCUGUUUGUUUUCCCUCAUUCUUUCACCUUUCCUGUUCCCUGUGACUUGCCUUAUGACUUGCAGGUAGAGCUUCAGGCAGCUAGUCUCACCACACACAACUGGGGGAGUGGUAGAACAGAUGUACUGUAAUCCCAAGAGAAAGACUGACUGACAGCUGCGACAUGAACACUGGACAAAAUGCAUCGGUUUAGGGCUGCAGCGCAUGAUUGUUUUCAUCAUCAAUUACUACUUUUGGCAAUUAUGUGUCACAGAAUAGUUUCCCACAGCCUAAGAUGGCUUCUUGACCUUGUUUUGUUCAACCAGCAGUCCAACAGUCAAAUAUAUUCAGAUAUCUGACAUUUAUGACAGAGAAAAGCAUCAAAUCCUCACAUUUGACAAGCUAGGACCGAGAAAAGUUUGACAUUUUUUGCUUUAAAGGGGCAGUUCACCCAAAAAUGAUCAUUUGUAUAUCAGUUACUUACCCCGUGUUUUAUUUAAUUCAUGAAGCAAACAUUAUGUUCCUCACAUGCAUUCAUGGUGAACGAAGAAUCCAAAAACAGAGAAAAUGAUUAACUAAUUGAAGUCAUAGGGGUCCACGUUUCUGCCGAUA